AUGGUGGGUUGCAGUGCUGACGGGGACCUGAAUGAAGAAAAGUACACUCAGCCUCUGCCAUGGAUUGGACUCUAUGUAGCAGCAGCAUCUCUAGCCUGUGCAAUUGCCAUGGCUGCAGAUUUCAUCCACAGCUGCCGUCACAAGAAAUUCUGGUUCCCUAAUAAGUUCUUCUCCAUUAACGCAACUUCAUUGACCGUCGUAGCAGUGGCGGUCAAGCUCUCAGUGGAUCUCAACACCCCCAUGCCCAGCCGAAUUGACCAGCUCUCCAAACUCAGCAGUGGUGUGUUGGUCUGCGUGGUAAUUGCAAACUCGAUGCCUUCGCUAGGAACGGUGCAGAACAAGGAAAUCAUGAUGAAUAUCAUGGCUUUUGCAAUACUGGUGGUCACUGUUUUAGUCAACAUAGCGAUCCAAUUGGGCACUGAGGUGAUCUAUGUUUGCUGGUGGGAGCAUGUUGGCGUGAUGUCUCUUAUGCUUGUGAUGCUCUUAAUCUUGGGCUCAUCUGCUUUAGCUGUGGCAACAACCAAGACAGAGUUAGAGUUCAUGUACAAGAAGAAAUGUGACAUGGCUAUGCAAGAGGGGUCGAAGGAUAUGAAUAGAAGAACGCCAGAGGAGUUGAAAGAAGACCUGAUGAAGUUCUGGAUAAUGGCACACACCAGCAACCCUCAAUUUGUAAUGGGGCGUUCAGUUACUUGUGCUGCCUCAGGUGCACUGUGUCUCCUUGGCACCACAGUUCUUGCAGAGGCAAUGCUGAGGUCAUUUUUCAUGCCAGGAUCCUUCAAAUUUUGUGCAGGGGAGUCUGACUACCAAUGGUCAACGACUUUAGUCCUCGUCGCACAGGCUUUAGCAGUUGGGGUUGGUAGUGUGGCACCAGCAGUCAGGUGGUUCACUUCAGUGUUAUACAGGUUGCCAAGAAACCGGAAGAUAAACUGUACAGGAAUAUGUUUCAAAGUGGAGAAGUACUGGAUUCAGUGUCUAGUAGAGAUCAAAGAGUGUCCAUUCAUACGCAUCGAAAGCCAGCAACUCCGAAAACUUGCACAUGAAGCAAAGCGCAGUUGCUUGGACACUAUUAUUCGAGCGCAAAUUGGAAUAGUAAUGGGAUGCAAAUUGAUUCAAUUCAUUUCCAUCUUCUGUGCAUGCAUAAUUGUGAAGGUCUGUGAUUCGUGCAGCAAGUUGAAGAAGCUGCUACCAAGUGAAAGCAUUUCAGCUGAUCAGAGCAUGGAGACCAAAAACUUAGAUCUAAGCCGCUUCGUUUUGCAUUUUGAAGGUGAGGAAGAACUUGUGGAAGUGACAAUGAGGAAGAAUUGUACUGCCACAGAUAACUGGAUGCGGGAGGGGGAAAAGAAACAGCCAAAACAUCUCACUGACCUGUUGAAAAAGGCAACCUUUGCAGAAGGAUUCAAGGGAGUAAGAGAAUUCGACUGCGACCAAGUUUGCAUCCUGGAUUGUGAAGAGCCUCCACAACCUUGGUCUCUUCCUAUAGUUACUUUAACAGCCAUUGCAAUUUCACUCCCAAAUAUAAGUAGUUGUUCGAUCAAACAGUUGUUGUGCAGUGUACAUGAGGGGCUCGUGUAUGUCAAACUCAUAGAAGAACAUUUGGAUGGGAAAGAAGAGCUGAGUAACACAAGAAGAGCAGCAUUUAAAGUGUGGUCGGGUGUCGACAUAUACCACAAAUGGCUGGAUGUGGAUCUUCAUAAACUAUCCUUGAAAUCGAAAAGCACAAGAGAAGUACUCGAACUGCUCGUUGAAGGUGGAAAGAGCAGGCUUGCAGAGUUUAAGAAUGCAUAUCCAACUGAAUGCCCAAGGAUCAACCCUUCAGAAUGGCACGCCGAGGCAUUGGCAGCUAAUUCCAUGUAUAGAAUAAGCAGCACCAUUCUGAAAAACUAUCAGCACUACAACAUGGCUCCAGGGGAGAGCUUAUUUCCAUCACUUGUUGUGCUCAUCUCCGAUCUAUUGGCAGCUUGUCUCACUAACUUGAGACCAUUCAUAUUCAGCAAGUGUUUAAAGACCACAAUUGAAGAGAGAAAAGGCAGUGUCAGGGAAGCAGUCUACAUCCUUGGCCAGAUGGUAGAGAUAGUGAAACUUCUUGACCAAAGUUCACUAUCCAUUGUGUACUCCGACAAAAUCACAACCAUUGCGGACUGGCGUUCAUUGCACAAAGCGAUCAAACCUCUGGCAAUAGCUCCUCAUCCAACAAUGGCUGAUACAGCUUCAAUCAAUGCAGGAGAGAAGUACCUAAACAUCAGCUGA